UAUAUACAUUAAAUCUGGAAAUCAGUCUUCCUUUGGGAAGAUCGAGAAAGCUCUUUUUAAAAAGAUUUAAGCCUGUUAAAAAGACAUUUUCUCAAAAACAUAUUUGCGAAAGAUUUCAAGUACCUGACAAUAGAGAUUCUCCGAUGCUGUUUUCCGGAGAUUUGAGUGGAUUCCACUUGCAAUGUUGCAAACAUAUCCAUCUAUGUUGUAAACGUCAAUUUUUUAUAAAGGAAAAUCAAGGUAGCGCCAUUUCAGUGAGUGAUUUGAAUGGAAGGAUUUCAGUCACUAUAGCCUUGAGAGUCUGCUGGCAAUGUACAUCAAUUUUCAUUUAAACAGUGAUACAUUUCAUCAUUUAGAAAGUGGCUUAAAUUAGCAAUCCAAGAACAAGGUCAUGUGGUGAAAGACAAGGUCAUAUGACAACAAUGUGACCAAGUUUGUUUGAAGGGGCUAUUUUUUUAUUUAUUAGAAAUGACAUACAAAAACCAUGUGAAAAACAAUCUUGGUUAUGUGACUCUGCAGGUAUGGUCAUGAGUAGAUAGGGAAUAGAUGCUUUCUAAAAGCACUCAACUGGAAAUUAGCCCAUCUACAUCACAAGAAAUUUUAUUGGAGAGUAUUGAAUAGGAAAUUAUUUGAGAAAAAGGAUACCACAUCGUCUAACAUUUGAUUCAACAUCUUGGAUUUCAAGAUAUUCUUUGAUAUCAUCUUUUGGAGAAAUGGUUUCAGGAAAUUUAAACGAAUCAAAGAGGAAAAUUAAGAAUUACAACUUGCGGCUACAUUCAGAUCGAAACAUUGUGAAUUCAAAUUUUCAUUGGAAUUUCAUGGAUUCAUACGUAACAAUAUCAUUAUGUUGUGAAAUAAGAAUCAACUAAAAUUGUGACCGAGGAAACUGCAUCGUUACAUGGUAACCACUUAGUGGAUGAUCUCGGAAGUGUUGAUAUUGGUAACAUCAGUAUAGCCACCAGCUGCGAGACAGCGUAUUUAUGUAACAAAUUUUCCCACAUGUUACCUGGAUAUAAGCCUGAUCCUAUGGUUCGUAAUAACGAGAUUUGCCUCGGUGUGGGUCUGUUACAGUGCAGGUCAUUCAGUUUGUGUUUGUGACAUUAGAGAAAAUAAUUUAUAAACAAAAACUGUACUGGACAUGAUUGGCAUGUUUUCGUGUGAAAUCCGUGUCGGUGAACUUCUAAGACUGUCAUUGACAACAUCAUGUACAAUUUUCAGUGUUCGAUAUAUAUAAACAGACUUUCAUGGACAAAACGAUGCUUGAAACCAUUUUGAAUUGUGACAUUUUCUAAAAGGCCAGUUUUGACACUAUAAAAGCCUUUUGUCCUUCAGCAAAUAACACGGGAUACUGUGAAUCUGUCAACAAGUUUUGAUUCAUAUUUCUGAGGACGCGUUUUAUCACAAAGUUCUCAUCUAUUACAAAUAGGAUGUUCUGUUGACCAAAACACAAUAUUCAUAGCCAGAUCAUUGCGUUUGGUAGGUGGGGAAUUGUCGCUUGGUUGCUGAUUGACUACUCUUGAUGGUAUGUUGAUAAUAGGAGCCGGUAAUCUACAACGCAAAAUGAGGUAAUUGAUGGCCAUUCGUAAAACACUGACUCUACAAACAAUUAUGUCGGGAUGUCAAUAAAAUUGGAGUUAAAAUAACCCAAUAGAAUUUAAAUUCAUUUCAAAUAGACAGGUUUUCGAUGAAUGGGCUGUCGGAGACAUGAUAUUGAUGCGAACAUCUUCAUAGCUAUAUUGGUCUGUAAAUGAUUGAUUUAGAAUCGACUGACAUUAAAAAUACUGUGUUGGGUUAGAGGCUUUGUUUAAAACCAUGGGCGGCCUUCUCGACAAGUUAACAAAUUUCAGUUUUAUGAGCAAUGGAGAGGAUCCACGGAGAAACCACAAGGUUAUUGACUACCAAGGGGACAAUACAGAAAUGGAACGAUGGCACACUCCAGCAGAGGGCGCUUACACGCGUCCCUCAUGGUCAAAGGUCAUUCAAAAUGGAUUUGACCAGGCACGACAGAAAACCGUAGGAAAUGCUGCAAUGCCUAUCAAAUUAAAAAGUAACGAACAAAGUAAGAUUACACCUAUUGUUGAGGAAACUUUACGGAGAGCUAAAAUUUCAUCAGAGGAAGCAGAAAAUGAUGAGUCAUCCGUUCUUGAAGAGUACACAGGAAGUGUUCAGUCAUCAGAUCUGGAAAAAAUAAGUAGUGUUACACAAUCUAAGGAUAUUAUCAUCAAUCCAAAUCUGUGCGAUGAAAUUGUGGAGGAAAGUGGAGAGGAUAUUACGGAGACAAAGGGGGAGGAGGAUUUAGGUCUUAGAGGCCUUUAUCGGGGGGACAGCAUGGUUACUGAGGACAGCGUAGUUUAUGAGAGUCCUCUACUGGACGAAACACAGGAGGGAAGUCACCAGGAAGACUGUGGCUGUCAGCCCGGUACUCUGAUGGACGGUGACGUGUCAGACGACCAUGGACACGGGAUACAGCACAAUGGCGGACCUCCAGAGCACAAUCCGUUCUAUACAAGUAUCGACAGUAUGCCAGAGAUCCGAGCUCCACGCAGAAAGUCUGUCUCAUUGGUCAGCGACCUGGUUAUUAAGAUUUCCAGACUGACCAUGCAGGUGAAGAACAGAAAUGCGGGAGUUCCAUCGGCAAUGGUGGCCCGUCAGUCUCUGAAGGACGAAGAACUGAAAAUGCAUGUUUACAAGAAGACCCUGCAGGCGCUGAUCUACCCAAUCUCCAGCACGACGCCCCAUAACUUCGUGGUGUGGACCGCCACAUCUCCGACAUACUGUUUUGAGUGUGAGGGUUUACUUUGGGGCAUGGUGCGGCAGGGUGUGCGCUGUACAGAGUGUGGGGUCAAAUGUCACGAGAAGUGCAAAGACCUCCUUAAUGCUGACUGUUUGCAAAGAGCUGCAGAGAAAAGCUCUAAGCAUGGAGCUGAAGACAAAACUCAUAACAUUAUAAUGGCCAUGAAGGAUAGGAUGAAGAUCCGGGAACGCAACAAGCCGGAAAUAUUUGAUCUAAUUAGGGAAGUGUUCGGGGUAGACAAAAAAUCUCAUAGCGGACACAUGAAGGCGGUCAAACAAAGUGUUUUAGAUGGAACGUCCAAAUGGUCAGCAAAAAUAGCUAUAACUGUGAUAUGUGCCCAAGGACUUAUCGGCAAGGAUAAGACUGGGACUAGUGAUCCGUAUGUAACAGUCCAGGUGGGCAAGGUAAAGAAACGGACAAAAACCGUGCCACAAGACCUCAACCCAGUCUGGAACGAGAAGUUCUAUUUUGAGUGCCACAACUCCUCCGACAGAAUCAAAGUCCGAGUAUGGGAUGAAGACAACGAUUUGAAAUCCAAGUUAAGACAGAAAUUAACUCGGGAAUCAGAUGACUUUCUCGGCCAAACGAUAAUUGAGGUGCGCACGCUGAGUGGUGAAAUGGAUGUAUGGUACAACCUAGAGAAGAGGACGGACAAGUCAGCAGUGUCGGGCGCCAUCAGACUACACAUCAGUGUGGAAAUCAAAGGAGAGGAAAAGGUGGCUCCUUACCAUGUCCAGUAUACGUGUCUACACGAGAAUCUCUUCCACUAUUUAUGUGAGUUGGCAGCUGGAGCAGUCAAACUGCCUGAUGCCAAAGGGGACGAAGCCUGGAAAGUGUACUUUGUAGAGCCGUCCCAAGAAAUAGUAGACGAGUUUGCCAUGCGAUAUGGGAUAGAAUCUAUAUAUCAGGCAAUGACACAUUUUUCAUGUUUGUCUACAAAAUACAUGUGUCCUGGAGUGCCAGCAGUAAUGAGCACACUCCUCGCAAACAUCAACGCAUUCUACGCACACACCACCGCCUCCACAGCGGUCUCCGCCAGUGACCGAUUCGCCGCUUCCAAUUUCGGGAAAGAAAAGUUUGUGAAGCUGUUGGACCAGUUACAUAACUCGUUGAGAAUUGAUUUAUCCAUGUACAGAAAUAAUUUCCCAGCGUCAGAUCGGGCUCGGUUACAGGAUCUCAAGUCGACGGUAGAUCUGCUCACCAGUAUAACAUUCUUUAGGAUGAAGAUCGUGUCAAACCCGGAUGUACAGGAAUUGCCGAGUCCGCCCCGCGCCAGUACCGUGGUCAAAGACUGUGUGAUUGCCUGCAUGAAGUCUACAUACCAGUUUCUGCUUGACAAUUGUUACGAGCUCUAUCAGCGCGAGUUUCAGACAGAUCCCGCGGAAGCUGAGGCAGACCAACAGGGCGGAAACGCCAAUAGCCUUGACCUUCUCCACAAGCUCAUCACUCUGAUCGUGUCUGUGAUCGAAGAGGAUCGGAACAGUUACACGCCGGUCCUCAACCAGUUUCCGCAAGAGCUCAAUGUAGGUCAAGUAAGUGCUGCCAACAUGUGGGCGUUAUUCUCUCAGGACUCCUGCUAUGCUUUACAAGAGCAUGAAGUAGAACGGUCCUGUAAGAGCUCUGAGUAUAUGAAUCUCCACUUCAAGUUAAAAUGGCUUUACACCAAGUAUAUUGCUGAUGUGCCUCAAUACAAGGGGACAGUCCCGGAGUAUCCACAAUGGUUUGAACCAUUUGUAAUGCAGUGGUUGAACGAAAAUGACGAUGUUUCCAUGGAAUAUCUCCACAGUGCCUAUGAACGUGACAAAAAAGACGGGUUCCAAAAGAGUUCCGAGCACUCUCUGUUUUCUACGUCGGUGGUGGAUGUGUUCACACAGCUCAACCAGUGCUUUGAUGUCAUCAAAAAGCUGGAGUGUCCAGACCCUGAAGUGGUUAAACGCUACAUGAGGCGGUUCGCAAAAACAGUCAAUAAAGUACUUCUCACCUAUGCAGAUACAGAGAAAAAAGAUUUUGAAAAGUACACAAACAAUAACCGAGUGGCAUGUAUUUUAAUGAACAACAUUCAACAGUUACGAGUACAGUUGGAAAAAGUGUUUGAAUCCAUGGGAGGAGAGAAGCUGGAUACCGAAGCUUCACAAAUGUUGAAGGAACUGCAGCAAAAACUCAACACUGUGCUGGAUGAUCUCGCUAUGAUAUUUGCCAAAAGUUUGGAACCUCAGAUUCAACAAAGUAUGCAAGAAUUAGGGACUUUAUUAUCCAAAGUGAAAGGUGCAGGCCAGGUCUCCUUGGCCCAACCCAGCCAGAGGAACAGUAUCCAGCAGGAGUCCGAUAUGGUGCUAGGUCCCCUUAUGGACCUUCUUGACGGCAGCCUGACAAUGUUUGCUCAACUCUGCGAAAAGACUGUGCUAAAACGUCUCCUGAAGGAGCUGUGGAGGAUAGUGAUCUAUACAAUGGAGAAGAAAGUUGUGCUUCCGCCCCUCUCAGAUCCUCGACAGCUCCUGCCUCUACCUGGUACAGCCCAAGCUAAGAUAGAAGAUGUGUCCCGUUUGCUAUUCAACAAUGUCAGCCAAUUGCCCAUGAAUGUUCCUAUGAUUCAGGAUAUGUCAAAAGAAGCAGAAAAGAACCUGAGUCCAAAGCAAUGUGCCGUUCUGGAUAUGGCCCUCGACACAAUCAAACAGUACUUCCAUGCUCAGGGUAAAGGGUUGAAGAAGACAUUCCUCGACAAGAGUCAGGAACUCCAGUCACUUCGCUACGCCCUUUCCCUGUACACGCAGACGACCGACACGCUCAUCAAAACAUUCGUCAGUACACAAACGUCGCAAGACCAGCCAAGCAAUGAGGACCCCGUAGGGGAGGUAUCUGUGCAGGUGGAUCUCUUCACACAUCCCGGAACUGGAGAACAUAAGGUCACGGUCAAAGUUGUGGCAGCUAAUGACCUCAAGUGGCAGACGUCCAGCAUGUUCCGGCCAUUUGUGGAGGUCAAUCUGAUCGGGCCACACAUGAGUGACAAGCGCCGCAAACAUUCCACAAAGUCCAAGAGUAACAACUGGUCGCCAAAGUUCAAUGAAACCUUUCACUUUAUUCUCGGGAAUGAAGACGACCCUGAUGCCUAUGAACUACACAUCUGUACGAAGGACUACUGUUUUGCGCGGGAAGACCGCCUGAUAGGUGUGGCGGUCAUGCAGUUGCGUGACAUAGUUGAGCAGGGGAGCUGUGCAUGCUGGUGCUCUUUAGGUCGGCGAGUCCACUUAGACGAAACUGGCUGGACCAUUUUACGAAUUCUAUCACAAAGAACUAAUGAUGAAGUAGCUAAAGAGUUUGUCAAAUUAAAAUCAGAAAGCCGGCAUCUUGAGGAGGUGUCCUGAAGCUCAUUCAGUGAUAUUAGAGUUCAUUAAUUAAUAUUGUAUAGAAUUUUUUGGAAACUUUGCGGUUGAGCUGCCUGACUAAAGAUCUCAUUUUGUUGACCGUUUCAUUGUGUCGCAUUCAGUGUGAUCCUGUCUCUGAUGGCCAGACGGUCAGACGAUCUCACACGACAGGUGCCAAGUCAACAAGUUCAUAUGGAUGUCAGUAUGUCUACAGUGUCACCAGUGAGAUUGAUUUCACUAUAAAGAGAUGUUUGUUAUGUACAGUGUUCCUGUCUAGACAGGUGGUUGUUGUACACAGGUGAUUGCUAUUCACAGGUGCCGAUAUCUUACUACAAAUAAAGACAUUGCACUAGCCACUUCAGACUGCUUGUCACUUAACAGUCUGUUUAUACAGGUGGUUGCACUACACAGGUGUCCUUGUUACACAGUCUAUGAUAAAGACAGGUUAUCACUAUACAAAUGUGGUAGGUAUACACAUGUGGUCACAUAAGAUAGGUGGUCGGUAUACACAAGUUAUCUAUAUACUGAGGUUAUUACACUGUAUAAACUGGUCACUAUUCAAAGGUGGUAAGUAUACAGAGGUAAUUUCACACAAGUGAUCACUAUACAAGGGUAGUCACUUAAACACAAUUGGUUUUUGACUUAAGAUGGUUUCUAUACACAGGGGUCAUUAUACAAAAGUGGUUGCUAUUCAAAGGUGUCCUUGUUGUGCAGUUAACAUAGUGUGCCAUGCUUCCACAAAGUCCUGUGUGAACAGGUCAGCUAGGAUUAUGUUUUGUACAUUUUUGUCAGAUUUAUUUCAUUGUCAAAAUAUUUUUGAAGUAGUAACAUGCUGGUAAGCGGAGACAGAUUUCCUGAAGUACCUAUGGUACUUAACUUGUGUUAAACCAGAAAAAAAUAUAGGGACAUUGGAUUUUUACCUGAAUUGGACCGAAAGUGCUUGCUUUAUAGCUAUCCUGUUCUGUUAAACUAGUUUACGAGAGGGUUGGACUUAUUACAGUAAAUCAUAGAAUAACAAAUGCAAGUCUAAGGGAAAUACGCACAUGGAAAUUAGUGCAAGUCUAAUGGAGAUAACAUAGAGGGACUUGUGCAAGUCUAAGUUUGGCUGUGACUUCAGUAAAAGUUUAUGAGUGUGCAUAUCAAGUAGAUUACUUUGUUGGUUGUAAUAGCUGAUCUCCACAAACUACAUUCCCAUCUACCAUGUUUUCAAACAAGGGGUAAGGGACCAAAACAUUUAUAUAUCAUUUGCUCCUUUCCUUGACAGUAUAAAUCUUUAGACUCCAAUGUGCUAGUCGGGGGUUAUAUUUUGGUUGUGAACAAUGUUUUUCCUAUCAAUAUAUGAUAAACCUUUUACUUUUUAUUUACAUGUACAUGUGUAAAGUCUUAUUUAGCAGGGUACAACAUGAUCUACAUUUCAGUUGGUUUUAUAUUUGCUGCAAACAUUUCAUCAACCAUGAUUUAUCAUUAACAUUUGGAUAUAAAUUUAUUGUGAUCAGUUUUACAUUAAUAGUUCAACCAUCUUUAAUUUGUAAAUAUAAUUUUGGGGGAAUAAAAAUAGCAUACAUAACCUUAUGUGAGUUGUCUCCCUUAUAAAAGAAAUUUUGAUUAAAAUAAAUUCAUUCGUUCUUUAAAAAGAUUUCCUUUUUUUAUGCAAUAAAUUGAACCAUUUAACUUUUCACAAACAUCAAGGUUGUGAAUAAAUUCCUAUCAACAGCUAUUUGUGUAUGAAUUUAAUUUCCUGGGUAGGGAUCCUUUGACCUUAUGGAGAGGGGCCUUUCACUACAUGUCUCAAGGUUUCUCGAAAAUAUGUGCAAUUUCUCAACAAACUUUACAUACAUGUAUUUUGUGUGCUUUUCAAAAAACAUUCCUUACUGAGCAGUUAUUUUGUUUUUUUUACAUACAAUUCCUCAGCAGUGCAAUCUUGUUGUGAUUUGACUUCCAUCUUGUUACCUCUGACAGUUGUGAAAAGAGAGAAUUUGAAAUCCAAUGGUUAUGCUUUACCAGGGUCUAGAAUUUCCUUGAUGCAAGGAAAAUACAUAAUUAUUUAUUUAGUAAAUGUUUCUCACUACUUUAAACUGAGGGAAGUGCCAGAUAGCUCGACUUAUUUACAGAUGUUGAAAGAUAUGAAUAAACGAUGGACAAAAAUAAUUAUUAGGUGUUCAUAGACUAUUAUACCAAAAUGCAUUUUCAUCCAGUCAUGUUUCGUAGAAAAACAGAUUGAAGGACCAAUAGUACGUUAUUAUUCCUAUAACCAAUGCAUCUACAUAUAAAUAUAGAUUUGCCUUCCAAAAAUUAGAGUUACCUCCCUUGGUGAAAUCACAUUUUAUCAAUAAUUAAUUUUAAGAUAUGCAUGUUUAUUUCUGCUAUUGUGAAAUACACUGCUUCAAGUCCAUUAUUUUCAUUUUAAAUAUGUUUUUGGUUUCGGGUAAUAUGUAAAUGUAGUGAUUUAUAAAUAUAAAUAUAUCAAUUUCAAUUUCAUUUAUUCGUUAUUCACAAAACAUUGAACAAAUGUGUUGGGCAUAUCCAUAAACAAUUUAUCAAUGUUUCACUUUUCAUACAUUUUGUAAAAAUUCAGAUAAAAACUCAUUUAAUCAUUAUGUAAAAUCUACCAAGGGAGGUAAAUAAUCAUGAAGAAAGGAUAACUCUUUAUACGGAAAUUAAAAUAAAAUUAUAUUGAACUGAAAACCCAGCAUAACUUAGUGAUAUAAUUAUUAAUUAGAUCAUAUUGCAAUUAAUGAAAUCAUGGUAUGUUUACAUUGUUAUGUUAUUACAGUUGUACCUUUGUAUAAAUGUUUUGGUUGACUAUGCAAUUAUCUUGCAUAAACUAUAGCAACGAUUACCUAGGUUAAGUGGACUGUUCCAAAUCAAUUCCUUGUUUUUCACUUACAAAAUUUUAAUCAGAAAAACUUGGUUAUUUUAUUUCCUUGUUAAUAAGAAAUUAUAUUUGUGGCAUGAAACCACGGAAUUACUAGCAGAUGAAACAAAGUCUAAAGCACCCGUAAAAUUUCAUAAUGAACUAUACUUACCUUUUAAUUGGAAGAGUUCAAAUGUGUCUUCAGGGGUGAAUGAGUUCAUCACUGCAUAUACAGUACAGUAUUUUCACAUGUACUUAAUAUCGUGAACUGCAUGUUUUAUUUGCGAUUAUGUGAAUCCGCAAAUAUUGGAUGCCAUUGAUACUGUUGUAUCGCUGGAAAAAUAAAUAUCAACAAAAAAUUAAGAUAAGCAAAAGAGUUUCUUUUACCAAUCAACAUGAAAAUUGAUCUCUUAUGAAAAAAUUCAGAGAUUUGCUGUGUACAAUUUUGUUUGGUAAAUAUAUAUUCCAUAAUUUCAAUAAUCGCUAAUAUUGAUUGAAAAAAUCUACAAUAGAAUCCAAAGCCCAUAAAAAAACACAGGAAAAUUUAAAGGAUUUUUUUAUUAUGUAUAUUGAUAUAAACAAAAUGAAAAAUGUAUUUUUGUUUAUUAGAAACUUCAUUUUUGACAAUUUAAAUGUGAAAAAACAAGAAAUUGAUUUGGGGCGGCUGAAACAACAUAUUUGGAAAGGGGAGGUAACUGGGUUUGUCUAAUGAUUAAAAAAAGAUGUUUGCUGGUUAAUGGAGAAUGAGAGACUAUAAAAUGUUGUAGAACAAACAUUGAUCUCAAUCUUUAAACAAACCAAGUUAUCAUCUGGAAAUAAUUUACAUUACUAGUUUCAACUUUAAUGUUGAGGUUGUAUUUUUGUGUUAUGUUUCAGUGACACGUGAUGCAUUCCAUUAAUGUGUUGAUUCCACUAUCUGAUUGAUUCGUGUAAAUAGUGUAGAUUGUACAAAAUAUUUAAAGAGAAGCUGUUAGGAAAAACUGGUUUUUAAUUUAAGACUUUUCAAUUACUAAUGUUAAAUUGAUGCCUUUUGUAUGUUUUGAAAAAAGUGUUAAUGUAUUUGUAUCAUAAAAAUUUAAUUAAUUCUACAUAAAAGUACAUGUAUUUGCUGAUGUGUUAGGCCAAAGUGUUUGGUUGAGUCGGGUUUUUUUACUUUUUGUUUUUUGUUUUUGAUGUUUGAAUUGUCUCCCUUUGGAUAUGUGUGUUUCAUUCAUUGAUGAACUACAUGUCAUGUGAUAGAUUAUAGCCAAUCAUGUUGCUGUGAGCUCCAUCCCACAGAUCACAUGUGAUUUGUAAAAUUUUGUUUAAUAACAUCAAUACAGAAUAGCAUGCAGAAGUAGAACAUUGAUAGAUUUUUUUUCUUUCAGACUUAAUUUUGGAUCAUGGCCAAUCAAAAUCAUUCUGGGAGUUUUUCAGUCAAACUGCAAUACCAGACUAUUUAUCAGAACUGUGGUCAACUUCAGAAAAUGCGGUCCAUGUAACAUACCCUGAUGUAUGGAAAUAUUGUUUUGCACAAUGUUUUCCUGUGUGAUUGUUUAAAUUAAUAUCAGGUGGACAAUACAGGCCUUUUGAACCUCUUGUAUAUACAAUAAUUUCACAUGGGUUGAAGGGUACAAUGGUAGUGCUAUAUAGAGCUUCAUAUAGAAAAUAUAUCAUUAAUAUAGGAAAGUCCAGAUUGUGGAAUUGCAUUUAAAUUUACAGCGUUAUUUAACAAUUUAAAAUCUACAUUCCCAUAAGAUUAAUAUAUGGACAUAUUGUUCGCUAAACUUCAAAAUCAUUUAUCUUUGUAGCUUUAUCAAAUUUAAAAAAUUAAAGUAUUUUAUGUAUCUUGAUUCUUUACAAAAAUAUUGACCUUAUCAUUGACCAAGUUUUUAAGCUUAACCAAAAAUAUAUAAAGAAAUAAAAGUGAACAUAUUGGACAGAUGUAUUUUACAUUAUAAUCUUCUUUUUGAAAUAUAAUACAUUUGAACAAAUUUUUUAUUUAGAAAAAACAUUCUUAACUUGAAUUUUUACUAAGUUAUUGAUCUCACAAUAUUCAUUUUGAAGUUUUGUUUUGCGAUUAAUCAAUAUAUACCAAAACUUACAGCUUACAGCAGAGGAUAGCAUCUCCAAUCAGUUCUGAAAUGAUUUAUUACAAAAAAGCCACACAUACCUCCUGUUUAUUUUGUUUACAUGGAAAGAAAUCCCAUUCAUAUUAACUACUCAAUCAUGCCUUAGCCUAUAUUUUAAAAUAUGUUUGAUUAUUUCUUUAUAUAUGAAAUCCAAUAUACUGUCAUUCCAAAAUCAAUAUUGUUAAGUUUUUGUUUAUUUUUUUUAUUUUUAUUUUUCCUUUUGUAUUUAUAUUAAUCUUACCUUUGACCGGCAAAGUGGAACCCUGGAUAUAUUUGAACAUUUCUGGUUUUCCGAUUUAAAAUGUGAUCUGUUAGAAAUUAUUUCAUGGAUGUAUACAAGAAGACUUGUCACUUAAGGUUGUAAGCUUAGUGUAGUUGUGAUAUGUGUAAGAUUUAUCUCCCUUGAUUAUUUUCACCAGUACCAAAUAAUCCAGAAUUAUUUAAAUAUAAUUGAUACAUUUAUUGUCAAAUAAACAAAUUAUUCAAGUCAGAAUGACGAUUUUCAAAAGGUGUUUUGUAGGUUUCCUGAAACAGAACACUAUAUCAUAGUUCAGUUGUAUAGCUUAUUGCAGUGAAAUUAUUUUUAAAAGUCCUAGAAUUUCAAUCAGUGUCAAGAAAUGUCAGUUUUCCAGAUGAUCUUUAUCUAGUAAUCCAGUAUUUUAGACCAACUUGAUCUUGAAAGCUUGAAUUCUGAGUAUCCAAGCCUGGAAAGGUAUUUAUUGUAGGGUAUCUGGUUCUGGCUGAAGUUGGUUCCACUAUAUAUAUUGCCAUGUUCUAUAUAGUUUAUCCUAACUCUAACAUUCCUUCAUUACUUCCUGUUAUGAACAAUAUUGCUUAAGUUUUAUCAUGGGGUGUUUCUAACAUAUUUACCCAGUACUUAUUACAAAAUUUCAAAACUUUCAGCCAUCAUGGUACAUACUAACAUAGUCUUUCUUUUGACCUCAUUAUUGAAAAGAUAAAAAUGAAACGAUCAUGGAUUUUUUGAUUUUUUUUUUGUAAUUUCUACAGUUCCCUGAAAAAUAAAUUAUGUUGUAAAGAACGCAUGUGUAGUGAAAGUAAAUCAAAGCUACAGUGAAAUUUUGUGACCUUAGAAAUUGUUGAAAUACAAAAUAAAUAUUCCAGUGUUCAAAGUUCGUAAUUAAGAGGUAUAAUUAAACAUGUACAGUUGGUUUGGCUGUAUUAAUAAUCAAUUAGCACAAAAAUACGUAAAAAUGUAGUUGAAAUUGCGAAACAUUUUAAGACUGGAAUAUCAUUCCUGCAUCAUUGAAUAAGCAUAACAGAAGGAGACAUGCUAAUUUGAAAAUACAUAUUUCAAGAUUUGAAUUGUAUAUGGUAUGACAAUAUAUUUUAGAAAGUUAAUAUAUAUAUAUAUAUGUACAUAACUUAGAAAACAAAUUUUUCAACAAAGUGCAUCCUAACAUACAGUAGCUAUCUAGAUGCAGUAAAUCUUAGUCAACCUCCCAUAGGACUACAUACAGUUUUCAAUCAAGAAUUCAUAAUUUUUUGUUAUGAGCAUGUUUCUUGUGUAAUAGAGUAUUACAGUUGUAUAUUAGAAUUUCCAUAUAAAAGUCUUUCAGCAAUCUUUUUUAUUAUUCUAUAUGAAUAUAUAUAUGAAGAGUUCUUUUUUCUGUUUUUUAAUUUUAAAUGUUGACGUCAUAUAUAUACAUAUGACAUAGAUCUAAUAUUUAUAUUAUAUAUAUUGAUAAUUCAUACAAAAAUAGUAUCUUUCUAUUGCAAUUGUCAUCCAUCUUGUUUUACGAUCGUGUCGAUUCGUUCUGUAUAGGAGACGUGUAAUUACGGAUGUAGAGAUAUAGGUGUCAAAUCGUUCUGAGUUCCCCGUUUACCACAUCCAUUACAUACAUUAUAUAAAUGCCAUGAUAUCUCGUCAUGUCUUUUUACCUUGUUUGAAUAAAGAUUCCUGCAACAUUGAAUUA